UUUCAUGUUAAUUCUACAUAUUUAUAUUUUUGUUUUAAAAAGGUAGGUGUAUAUGUUCUGAUACAAUCAGAAACAUGUGUGCGGUGAGAGGUGUAAAAGAACGCUUAAAAGUAGCGCAACAAUUAUACGCAGUAUAUUUUUUUGAGAGCAGAUGGUCAUUCCAGUGAGCUUUUGUUGUAAACAAUGGGUGACAGUUCCGCUGAUCAUGCGGUAUCCAAGUCAGCUAGUGGAUAUGAAACACAGGAUUCUGGAGCAAGUUCUUCCGAGCUUAUCCCUCAAUCUGUUGACCAGAAACCCAAUAUUGUAGCAGACGGUUCAACGUCUACAGAAGAAAAUAUCGUCACUAUCGACUACAGGACAGGUAUAAAGAGCGCGGAUAAAAAAGAAACGCUUGAUGAGUAUUCCUACAUCCAUCGAAACAACUUUACCUCAGAAAUCUUCAAGAUUGAGGUUGGAAACCUGCCUUUCUUCAUGACACCUAGCGAUUUCAAAAAGGUUUUGACAAAGCGACUUGGUCUUCAACCCCAUAAGAUUAAGAUGUUUAAAAUUUCACGUUCUCAAUUCGCUUUUGUGACCUUCAGAAACGAGGAGUCGAGAGACAGCGCGAUUAAAGCCUUGGAUGGAUACAGAUACAAGCAAACUAUUUUUAAAGCAGGAUUGGCUAAACCUCGUGCAGACCCCGUGCAAAAAGCAAAAAAAAGGUCUGCUGAGGAGUGUGGAAAUGCGUCUCCUAAAAAAAAAUCUAUGCUUGAUAUUAUCAUCCCUUGGCAUUCGCUUAAUUACGAGGAACAGCUUCGCCGGAAGCAAGAAUAUAUUGAAAAACUUCUUAUAAAGCUUGACGUGGAUCUGAGUCGUCAACAAAAUAAGGAUUUCAACGAUACAGUUAGAGCGCUAAAAAAGGUAACUGGACGUAAAACAAUUUGUAACAUCUGUGAGAUUUGUCGCAGCCCGAGAACUGAACACUAUAGAAACAAAAAUGAGUUCACGCCAGGAAGAGACGGAAACGGGGCAAUAGUCGUAGGAUUUCGUAUGUCAAGCUAUAAAAAAGGAUCUAUUGAAGUCGGAGGAGUCACCGAAACGAUGAAACAUGUGCCUCCACUCGCCGUGAAAGUAGCUCGAUUGUUUGAAGAAUUUCUGCGAGCUUGUGGCGAUUCUAGGCCGCCAUAUAAUGCAGAGGAAGAGAAAGGCUACUGGCGGCAAUUAACUGUACGGACAUCGGAGAGGAACCAGUGUAUGGCGAUAUUGAUUAUGCACCCGCAGAAUUUGUCACCACAAGAAAUUCAAGAAGAUAUAAAAAAGCUUAAGGUGCUAUAUGAAACUAAGCUUAAAAGUACUGUGACUUCUUUUUACUUUCAACUGUUUGAUAAGAAGGGCAAUGAUUAUCCUUUUGAACUUUUAGGUGGCAAUACAGUCAUAGAGGAAGACCUCCUCGGACUCACGUUUGAGAUAUCACCGCCGAGCUUUUUCCAAGUGAACACAAAAGGUGCUGAGACACUUUACGAUCGAGUGGCAAAUCUUGCUAAUAUUAGCAAAAAUACGACGGUUUUAGAUUUAUUCUGCGGGACCGGCUCCAUUGGUUUAUCCCUGGCAUCGCGGGCUAAACGAAUUAUCGGAGCCGAAAUCGUUCCGGAGGCAGUGACGAACGCGAAGAAAGUUGCAACACGACACGGUAUCACUAAUGCCGAAUUCAUCACAGGGAAAGCGGAAGACGUAUUGUCGUUGGCCUUGAGUAAACUAGGCAACGAGGAACAUACUAUUGCAAUAGUAGACCCUCCUCGGCAGGGUGUACACAACCGGGUCGUUAAACUUCUUCGUAGUAACCCGAACAUUUCUAGCGUUGUGUACAUUGCAUGCAAUCCGAACGCUGCAAUGCAAAAUAUCCUUGAUUUUUGUAAAGCAAGUAGUAACAGCUAUCGGGGCGAGCCGUUUAUACCUACAAAUGCUCAGCCGGUUGACAUGUUCCCUCAUACACCUCAUACCGAGCUUAUCAUAACGAUGAAGCGUCUCGAUUUGGUCAAGCUUGAGAUUGAAGAGUUGAUAAAAGCUAACGAGGCACUAAAACCCAACGUUUUAGACGAAUUUUAGUUUACGAUUGGUGAUAUAAAUCGUUCAUGUCGUCACAUAGUUACGUAACUGUAGCAGCUUUGGCAUACGAAAAGAUAUAUAUUAGUAGCUUUUGGUAGUA